AUGCCAAGCUAUGUGAAAUUUAUGAAGAACAUCUUAUCAAAUAAGAGGAGAUUGGAAGAAUAUGAGAUAGUAGCCCUUACUAAAGAGUGCAGUGCAAUUCUACAAAAGAAAUUGCCUCCAAAGCUCAAAGAUCCAGGGAGUUUUACUAUCCUUUCUUCAAUUGGAAAUUCUAUGUUUGAAAGAGCUUUAUGUGAGUUAGGUGCAAGUAUUAAUCUUAUGCCUUUGUCUAUUUUUAGGAAACUUAGACUAGGUGAGGCGAGACCUACUACAGUAUCAUUGCAAUUAGCGGAUCACUCAAUAAAACACCCAAGGGGAAUUAUUGAGGAUGUGCUUGUUAAGGUGGACAAGUUUAUUCUUCCAACCGACUUCCUUAUUCUAGACAUGGAGGAGGAUAGGGAAAUUCCUAUCAUUUUUGGCAGACCAUUCUUAGCUACUGGCCGAGCACUAAUUGAUGUCCAAAGGGAAGAAUUGCGGUUGAGAGUACAAGAGGAGGAGGUAACCUUUAAUGUUUUUGAUGCCAUCAAGUAUUCGGAUACAAUAUUUAACCAACAAAAGGAGUCGUUGGAAGUUUGUUUGGUUAAUCCCAAUCUGACUAUGGUGGAGGAUCCGAAAGUGUUAGAAUAUGCUUUGUGGAUGGAUUCUUUUGGUCCUAACCGCAGAAAAUAUUUUGAAGUUUUGGGACAUGGAACAUCACGGCCCCUUCCAUCUAUUGAGAAACCACCCGCCUGA